CCCUUCAGUACGGCCGCUGCAGGUCACGUCUCUCUGCCUGCUACGUGCACUCUAAAUCUACGUGCACUCUAAAUCUACGUGCACUCUCAGUGGGGUGGGAUAUUUAUUUAAGUGCUGUGUUUGCCGUCCUCAACUGACACGGAUUUUUAAGAGUGAAUGAUCGUGUUUACAGUACAUGCGAGUACACAGUCUUUUUUUCUGCCUGAGUGAACAUGUUUGUCACGCGGCUGUGGGUUUUAUUUAGAGGACUCUCUCGUUCUCAGAAGUCGUGCCCGUGCCGACCUUCAACAGGAACCAUUUUUAAACUCACACCUUUUAUCUUGAACGAAUGUUUCCUGUCCCCAGCACAUUAAGACUGCACCUACACGCUCAGUUCAACAGGACUACCAUCAUACCUAAUGGCAUUGUAUUUGUUUUGCAAGAGAGAAGAACUUUUGAACCACUGUUUUACAGAUGAUACUUUUUAGUUUGCAAAAGGAAGAUAAAUGAAAAGUAAUUGCUUCAAAAAAAAUUGUCUUUAUACAUUUAUAAACACAAAAUUGUACCAAAGACUAUUUCUGGCUGAUGAAAACCUGUGUUCAAUGAAUUUAGGAAUAAGAAACAAGACAAGCAUUCGUAUAGGCCUAAAUAACACCAGUGCUGGCAUAGGGAGAUUUCAACCCCUGAAUGGGAGGAGCUACAGUGCACUGUCAAUCACCGACUUGUUUGAACCAAUCGGAAUCAGAUUGGUUUUGCUCUCCACAGAAUAAAGGGAUUGGCUUAACUUAGUCUCUCACUGACAGAAUAUUGUAGCUCUGCCUAUUUUUGGCUCCAUGAAACAUCUGCCGUGGCUAUAUUAAACUGGAGUACUGCAGGCUAUUUUUAGCUCGGCGUCUAAGAGGAGGAGAACACCUGGUCUUAAUGUAGAGGUUGUUUAAAUUUUUUGUUUUUUUAAAAAAAACACGUGGCGAGGUGGAGCCUGGGAACCUAUGACCUGCUGACGCAUGAGACUGCAGGAAAAGAAUUUGUCCUGAAACACCAUGAAGUAGUCUGCAGAGGCCUUCACGCGAGACCGCGUCGGAUCAUUCACGGCUGUCACUCGAACCCGGACCAGUUUCUCCCGGGGCGGUGUUACUGAGCCGAGCCCCGCCCGCCCCCCCCGGCCCGCGGCCGCGCCCGAUGUGCUUGCCCGGGGCCUGUGAGGACCCGGGGAGUGCCCUGCGUUCCGUCGCCCCCCCACGUGCCCCCUCGCCGGCGCACAGAUGAAGGAGGUGGCGCAGUGGACGGCGGAGGAGGUGGCGCACUGGCUGGCGGAGCAGGGCAUGCAGGAGUACAGCGGCCCCAGGGCCCGCAUGACCGGCCGCCAGCUCCUGGGCCUGGGCCCCGCCGACUUCCUGCGGCCCCCGCUGUCCCUGCUGUCCUCGGACGGGGGCCGGCAGCUGCUGGAGCGGGUGGAGACGCUGCGGGUGGAGGGCCACAUGGAGGCGCACAAGAACGGGCACGCCGCCAACGGGCACGCGCCCAACGGCGUCCGGCGGGACAUGGUGCGCAUCGCCGUGCCCGAGCCCCCCCCGCCCCCCUACCCCACCGAGUGGGCCAAGACGGGCGCCGCCUUCGCCUACGCCCUCUGCUGCUUCGUCUCCACCACCAUCGUCAUCUCCGUGGUGCACGAGCGCGUGCCCGACAAGGAGGCCUCGCCGCCGCUGCCCGACAAGUUCUUCGACGUCUUCAACCGGGUGGAGUGGGCCUUCUCCAUCUGCGAGAUCAACGGCAUGCUGCUGGUCAGCCUGUGGCUGCUGCAGUGGAUCCUGCUCAAGUACAGGUCUAUCAUUGGGCGAAGGUUUUUCUUCAUCGUGGGGACGCUCUACCUGUACAGGUGUGUCACCAUGUACAUCACAACCCUCCCUGUACCCGGAAUGCACUUCAAGUGCUCUCCAAAGCUUUUUGGGGACUGGGAGGCGCAGAUGCGCCGGGUGGUGAAGAUGAUCGCUGGAGGAGGCCUGUCGAUCACCGGCUCCCACAGCAUGUGUGGGGACUACCUGUACAGCGGCCACACCGUGAUGCUCACGCUCACUUACCUCUUUAUCAAAGAGUAUUCUCCGAAGCGAUUCUGGCUGUACCACUGGUUCUGCUGGACGUUGAGCGCGGUGGGAAUCUUCUGCAUCCUGCUGGCCCACGACCACUACACUGUGGACGUGGUGGUGGCCUACUACAUCACUACCCGGCUGUUCUGGUGGUACCACACCUUGGCCAACCAGCAGGUGCUGAAGGAGACGUCUCAGACCAACCCGGUCUCCAGGGUGUGGUGGUACAGGCUGUUCCAGUACUUCGAGGAGAACGUGCAGGGCGUGGUGCCUCGGAACUUCCAGCUGCCGUUCUCCUGGCGCGCGGUGCCGGGGAGCAGGCUGGGAUUCGUCAGGAUGGACUCCUCGGAGUGACCGGGAAAAACGGGGAAAAAACGGGAAAGCGUUCCCCAAGAGCCAUGUGACCCGGCCACGUCUUAAAGCUCCUCCCUCUUCUUUUUUCGGGCACGUCCCCGUUAUGGCUGGUCUUCACUGUGACUUCUGUUUUCUGAAACAUUUCAUUUUUUCUCGAUUUGUCUGACCAUCGGUAAGUGCUUCAUGGUUCACCCUGCGAGCAUUUCAACUUUUUCCACCCAAGUAAGAUUUGUUGCCUCCGAAAUGUCUGGAUUUACAACAAGGUGUUUUCUGUGGACUCGUGACUCCCUGUUCAUGUGAAAAUGUCUCAUUUUGGUCGCAUUGUUAAAAUGAUUAUGACCAGUCCAGAGCAGUUUUAAAUGCAGAAAGUGUUUUUCCCCCAGUUUUAAUGGUCAUCAUUUUUAUAACUUCUCACUGAACAUGGCAGAGGAGCAAAAAGAUUUUUCUAAGUAUUUCACAGGUUUAUUUUUCAAGCGAAUGAUGAUCAAGAAGAACCUUUUAGAUUUUUACAUUUUGAAAAGAAAGAAAACAGAAAAUCAAAACAAGUUUUGGUUUUUUCCAGUGCCUUCCUGGUCUUGGACAGUGUGUACGUGUCUGUAGGUGUUCAUUUGUAUUCUUCUUGUAUUUUAAUUGCAAUGCAAAAGUGCAUCUUGAUCAUGGCUUGAACAGAUCAAAGUGAAAGCAGUCUCGUGAAGCAGAUUUCAGGUUGUGUCAACCAACGUUCUCUCUGUCCAUGUUUUUGAAUGUACGUGUUGUUGGCCUUACUAGGUGUUGGUCCUCUCGAGGCACAAACCUAGAAAAAUCUAAUCAUUUGUGCAUUAUUUUGUCCAUUACAUGUAUUUAUUGUAGCAUUUACCAGAACGAUAUCCCAAUUAUGAGAUGUAAUGGCAUAUGGUAAGUAGCUGUGUUUUGACAUUGCCGGGUCAGCGCGGCACACGGUGGAUCAGCUGACGGCACCAUUGUGAGGUCACAGAGGGAUAGUGAAAAGGUUAAGAUGUUCACCCUGCCAUUUUCUGACAGAAAACGGAAAGCUACACCAAACUUGGAGUAUCUCCAAAACAACGCCAACGGUGAUUGGUAGAUAUUUUCUGACUAUGCUUCCACGCCAUUUGCCAUUAAAGUAGUAUCCACCAGUCGGCAUUGGUCUACUGGUUAUUGCCAAGGAACUCCGUGAUUGGUGGAGCUCCUCCCUGAUUUCUACCAGUAAGGUGACAUCACCGGCUGUCUUCUCUGUUUUAUUGUCCCUGGAUCAUGGUGGUGGUCUCUCUCGUUUCCUGUCAUGGAGUUUGACCCUCUGCUCUCCUCGAGUGUCAUACCUCGAGACCCCUGUGGGUCUUGCGGAUGGCUGUUUCUGCAUCGGCGUUGUUGCCGGUUUUUCAGGAUGUGCGCAGGCAAUCGUUUCAUCUUGAGGUGGCCCCCGUUAGCCGUCGAGGUGCAGUGGUGGGGGUUGCACGCCGCCAUCGUAACAGUCUUGGAAUGUGACCCCCCUUUUUUGACCGUCUUGGUCAGACCACUCCUGUCUGUCUGUCGCACUGCUCGUAGACAGUUUUAUGACACAAAGCGUUAGUAAACCCACCCACCUAACCAUCAUUUCCCCCCCCCUCCACCGUGGAGUAACCUCACCCCGCACAGUGUCCCACUCAUGUACUCCCUGAAGAGAACACACUUAUUUGAGAUUUAUUUUAAUGGUGCCAGCAGUCAUGGUCCCUAAAUCUUAAUCAACACUAUGAUAGUGAGUAAGAGCUCAGCCAAACUGACGUCUGUUCAGCAGGACUUUACAUUUGGUCACCAUGACUACAUUACUGUACUUACCGAGUGCAAUUGGCCAGGGCAAUCAUGAAAUAAAACCAACAGAUUUUCCAACUCUAGACAGUUUACAUAGCUACAUUACUGCUGCUUUUUUUGGCUGUUUGUUACUGUGGUCUUAAAAAAAAAACACUAUUAUUGACAAAGUAGUUCUGCUGUUGUCACAGUGUUGUCCAAAGAAAAGCAAUACAGAAAUGUACUUGUGUAACAAGAAUGAUAAAUUGUACAAUUUGGCACACAACCAUAAAAUCAACCUGUGUAUCUUAAUGUGUCAUUGGAUAAUUAUAUCACAAGGCAUAACCAAAUAUUAUAAUAAAUGCUUUGAAGCAAUGAACCACUGAAUUUUGUGGAAUGGUUAAGUCUUUUCAAAAACAUUUUUGUGAUUUGAGAGUAGGGUGCCUGUGGGGUUUGGAUACAGGAGCAGAGAACCAUUUCAAUCUUCGAGUUUAGUUAAUAUUGUAAAUUUGAUGCAUGAAGGUUUACAUGUUUUGAUCUUGCCAAUGAUAUAACUUAAGGCUGUCCAUUAUUGCCAAUUUAUCUAUGUAUGAAAAGUUUGUUUUCAAUUAUGGAAGUAUUUAUAAUUGUUUUUUUAUGUAAAUCAAUGUUCCAUUUCUUGUAGAUUUUUUUUGUGUGUGCACGCACACACCAGGUGAUAUUUGUACGGUAAAUAUAUGGGAUGAAUAGGGGCGAGAUUGAGAGGCUUUUGAAUAAAGCAUUUUUAUUAUUCCA